AUGAUAUCCGCGCUGCUAACGGCUUUGUUUUUAAUGAUAUUGUCGCUUGCAUCAGCGGACGUAAACUUUAUGCAAUCUUGUGAGUCUCCUGCACAGUGUCGAUGCGAUGGCCACGAAGCGACAGAAGUGUCCUGUAGAAAUUUGGGAUUCACCAGAAUACCCGACGACAUACCCGUCAACAUUACUAAGCUAGAUGUGGCCAGUAACAAUAUUACAGAGAUAGAUGAACAUGUAUUUAGCCGACUGACCUUAUUGGAAGAUCUGGUAUUAGCUGAUAAUCCUAUCAAAGAGAUUCACCCCGGAGCAUUUCUAAACAAUAUACGAUUAAAGCGUCUGUCGUUCCAGAAAUGUCAACUUGUCCGGGCGCCAUGUGAAACAUUCCAGAGUUUCAGACAACUGUCGUCCUUACAACUAGAUCAAAACCAUUUGACUGAGAUCGACGAUCAGUGCUUCGACCAACUAUCUCAAUUGAGGAAUCUCCGACUGGAAAAUAACAAACUCACUAAAGUUCCUAAACAAGCGUUAAGCCUAGUCCCUACCUUAGAAGCAUUAAACUUGGGAAGUAAUUCAAUUGUAGAUAUUUCAAAUGACUCAUUUUCCUCGUUACCCAAUCUGGUCAUACUGCUACUUAAGAGAAAUCAAAUCGGAUUCGUGGAUGAAACUGCGUUUGAGAGCCUUACUUCUUUGAAAAUAUUGGAACUCGACGACAAUCAGUUGGAUACGAUCCCGGUCGCUCUUGCCAAGUUGACAUCUCUUCAGGAGCUGUCGUUGUCUGGCAAUAAUAUUAAGUUUGUGCCUGAAGGCGUGUUGCAACGAUCACAAGGUCUAGCGUUGCUCGAGCUCAAAGGCAACCCAUUGAUUGGCGUACACCCAUAUGCGUUCGCUUCCCUACCGAAAUUAAGAAAACUAGUAUUGUCAGAGGCCAGAGAGCUCACCGAAUUUCCAAAUCUCAACGGGACGUCGGCACUCGAAGUGCUCCGAAUCGACCGGGCGAGCAUUUAUUCGAUACCCGAUACGUUGUGUACCACGUGUCCUAAACUAAAAAGCCUUGACGUCAAAUCGAACAGAUUAUCUAGGAUACCGAAUCUCAAUAAGUGUAAAGAACUCAGAGUGCUAGAUUUGGCAAAUAACCAUAUAGCGUCAUUGGACGGAUCGUUGUUCCGUAAUCUGACUCAUCUCCACGACCUGUUACUCGGUCAUAAUUACAUAACUUCGAUACCUAGAGACGCCUUUCAUGGAUUAGUUCAGCUUAAAGUCUUGGAUCUGGAAUCCAACAAAAUAGACCGUAUUGACGACGAAACGUUUUUGUCAUUUACCCAACUGGAAGAUUUAAACGUGGGCAAAAACGUAUUCGAACAUCUGCCUACCAAAGGACUGGAGAGAUUGCUACACUUGAAAACGUUUAACAACCCGAACCUUAGACAAUUUCCGUCUCCCGAACAUUUCCCCAGAAUCCAAUCUUUGGUGUUAUCAUAUGCCUACCAUUGUUGUUCGUUUUUGCCCCUCCAGUCCGAUGAUGAUUCACCGCCCUCUUCCCAGACGAGUCUUCACGAAUCUGUCAUAUUCCCAGCCAACGAAAACGAUUUUGACAUGACUCUCUGGAACUCCAGCAUGUCUGACAUAUGGCCUCAAUUGCAAAAUUUAAGUAAAAAGUUUGGGACGCAAGUCAAUGAUCUGUGGGAUUCAUUUGGUUCAGACUUCACGUAUCCGGGAAAUUUACCAUCGUACAUGGAAGAAUAUUUUGAAGAACAACAAUUAGAAGGAAAGUCACAAGAUGUAAUGUCGUCAAAAAUUAAGUGCUUACCACUUCCCGGUCCAUUCUUACCAUGUCAAGAUCUAUUCGAUUGGUGGACAUUGAGAUGUGGAGUAUGGGUGGUGUUCUUAUUAGCCAUGUUGGGCAAUGGAACAGUGGUAUUCGUGUUAAUAUUUGCCAGAAGUAAAAUAGACGUGCCUAGGUUUCUUGUAUGCAAUUUGGCCGCAGCCGAUUUCUUCAUGGGCCUCUAUUUAGGUAUAUUAGCUGUCGUUGACGCUGGCACUUUGGGAGAGUUUAAAGUUUUCGCGAUACCUUGGCAAAUGUCUGCAGGUUGUCAGAUAGCUGGAAUGUUGGCAGUGUUAAGUUCAGAACUUUCGGUGUAUACACUGGCCGUCAUCACAUUGGAAAGAAAUUAUGCGAUCACGCACGCCAUGCAUCUAAACAAACGCCUGUCACUUAAACACGCGUCGUACAUAAUGCUUUGUGGUUGGAUUUUCGCCGGCGGGAUGGCCGCGUUGCCACUGUUCGGCGUGUCGGACUACCGCAAGUAUGCCACGUGCCUGCCAUUCGAGACUACCACUGGCACAUGGAGUUUGGUGUACGUAGUAUUUCUGAUGUUUAUAAAUGGCGUAGCAUUUUUCAUACUCAUGGGAUGCUACUUGAAAAUGUAUUGCGCUAUCAGAGGCUCCCAGGCCUGGAAUUCUAACGAUUCGCGGAUCGCUAAACGUAUGGCAUUGCUCGUGUUCACCGAUCUGCUGUGCUGGGCCCCAAUUGCAUUCGUAUCGUUGACAGCUAUUUGUGGCUUUCACCUCGUAUCGCUAGAACAGGCCAAAGUGUUCACGGUGUUUGUGUUGCCGCUGAACUCGUGUUGCAAUCCUUUUCUGUACGCCAUACUGACGAAACAGUUUAAGAAAGACUGCGUGAUGAUAUGCAAAGCUAUCGAAGAGUCGAGAGUGACCAGAGGCAUCGGCAGGUGUAGACACAGCUCCAACUUCAGCAACAGGCAGACGCCGGCCAACACCAACAGUCUAGUUGAUAGGUCGUCGCGAGACAAUUAUCCUCAUCCCCCGUGCAGCUGUAACGUUAAAUUGUUGGAUGACAAGUCCGUGAAAACGGAAGAGACGUUCUACGAUUGGCUGAACAUCAAAUUCAGAAGGAUAAUGUCGUGUUUGCAGCGAGAGUCUGAUUCGGGCAGACAGUACAUGAGGAGUGACCGGUACGCCUACCAAAUCGCUGAAAUACAGCAAAAACAACAUAAACGUGCGUCGUCGAUGUCUUCUAGUGAAAAUUACAGUUCGUCGAGAUCGGAUUCGUGGAGACAACACCACCACCACCAUCAUCAUCACCAUUGUGGUGUGCCCUUGAGACUUCUGGAUCCAAAACAGAGACGUGCCAGUUCGUGGAUUGUGACGAGGAAGACUUCACAAGACUCAAAUCUAUCGAGCUCGAGAAAUGACAGUUCGGGUUCUGCCAACACGGCCAGCACUAGUGUAAGCACAAGGGCUUCCAGGUCCAGCGUAGGUUGUAGCGAUCACAAACCAAAGCCUCGGCUGACUCGCCAACCGGCCGUUUUAGACGACCCCGAACUGGUCGUGGGUGGUUCUCCUAACAGAUUGAGUGUUCGAUUUUUGGCGACUAUUCCUUCGGCUGCCGAGACAAGCAUUUACAGAGCAGACACUGAGGACGAGGAUGAUGAAAACAGAAUGGACGAUUCGUUAAGGCCAGAAAAUUCACCAACAACUACUGCCAGUGAAAGGACUACACCACCAGAUUCUAAACCAUCGUCCCCUCACAGCUAA